UUGGUAGAGAUUAAUUAGACGGAACUUAUCCCCAAAGACGAAAGCCAUGUAGCUAUGCAUUCUAUGCAUGUCAAGUCAAUGUGUUCCCACUUCCCAAUAGGACAGUGAACUGUGCGUUAAUCUCUACCGCUGGUUUCCAUGGCAGCACCCUUUCCAUUCCAUCAUCUCCUUCAAGUUCCCCCUCUCUCUCUCUCUAUAUAUAUAUAUAUAUAUAUGUCUUCUAUCCAAGGCCUAAAUUAAGCUGUCAGAAGGAUUUUUUUUUCACGGUUUAAUUUAUUGAUCACAUCAAAGCUAGGAGCCAUGAAGAGCGCCGGCUUGAUGGUGUUUGUUGUUGUGGUCUUUGCUCUUCUUCCAUUAUCAGUACGCGGCGGCAGUGACUGCACCUGUGCAAAGUCGGAAAACGAGGAUGGGAACAAGAGCAAGGCACUCAAAUACAAACUGGUGGCAAUUGCUUCGAUCUUGAUCGCCAGCACGAUUGGCGUGUGUUUGCCCAUCUUGGGCAACGUCAUCCCCGCUCUUCGGCCGGAGAAUGACAUCUUCAUCAUCGUCAAGGCCUUUGCGGCGGGGGUCAUUCUCUCCACCGGCUUCAUGCACGUGCUUCCGGACGCCUUCGAGAAGUUGACGGACGCCUGCCUCAAGGGCAAGGCAUGGGAGUUUCCCUUUACGGGCUUCGUCGCCAUGCUCUCUGCCAUUGGCACCUUGAUGAUCGACUCUUUUGCGACCAGUUAUUACAACAAAUCUCACUUUGUGGGGCCUAUAGAGGAGGAGGGCGAGCAUCAAGGGCACGUCCACGUUCACACCCAUCCCACCCAUGGCCAUGCACAUGGCCCCGCUUUCGGCUUGCAAGAAGGCUCUGCUUCUUCCGAUCUUCUCCGCCACCGUGUUAUAUCACAGGUGCUGGAAUUGGGGAUUGUGGUUCACUCUGUGAUAAUAGGGAUAUCACUGGGAGCUUCAGAGUCUCCAAAAACGAUCAAGCCUCUCGUUGCAGCGCUGACUUUCCACCAGUUCUUUGAAGGCAUGGGUCUCGGAGGCUGCAUUUCCCAGGCCAAGUUCAAGAGACGGGCAGUGACGUUAAUGGCGGUUUUCUUCUCCCUGACCACGCCAAUCGGGAUUGGCAUAGGGAUGGCAAUCUCGAGCAAAUACAAAGAGGACAGCUCCAAUGCUCUGAUCCUGGAAGGCAUUUUCAACGCGGCGUCGGCCGGAAUCCUAAUAUACAUGGCGCUGGUGGACCUGCUGGCCGCCGAUUUCAUGAAUCCCAGAGUCCAAAACAAUCUGAAGCUCCAUCUUGCUUCCAAUCUCUCGCUGCUUCUUGGGGCUGGGUGCAUGGCCCUCUUGGCUCACUGGGCUUAAUUAAUUAUUAACCAAGCAUUCAUACUUAAAAACAUGUAUGUAUACAUAUAUAUAUAUAUAUGUAUAGAUCUUAAUUAAAAGUUGUUUUUGUUUUCUUUCGCAGUACCCUAAUUAUUAAUUAGUUGGAGACAUUUUGUUCAA